CGAGAGGAGGGAAAAGGCGCAGGGUUUGAAACAUGGCGGACGACGUGGACCAGCAACAAACCACCAACACAGUAGAGGAGCCUCUAGAUCUUAUCAGGCUCAGCCUGGAUGAGCGAAUUUAUGUGAAGAUGCGCAAUGACCGAGAGCUCCGAGGAAGAUUACACGCUUAUGAUCAACAUUUAAAUAUGAUAUUGGGAGAUGUGGAAGAAACGGUGACUACUAUAGAAAUUGAUGAAGAAACAUAUGAAGAGAUCUAUAAAUCAACGAAGCGGAAUAUUCCAAUGCUCUUUGUUCGGGGAGAUGGUGUUGUUCUAGUUGCCCCUCCGUUGAGAGUUGGCUGAAACCAAGAAUUUGUCCAAUGGGGAAGAGACUUUGUACAGUAGUCUCUUUAAUGUAUAAUAUAUUCAAAAGAGAAACCUGCAUAAAUUUUGAUACUCAGAUGUGACCAGUGGGUCUUCAGUCCUGAAGUGAGUUCAUUUAGAUAGCUUAUACGUUCUUUGGUUAAAUGGCAUUUUCAUUUUUCUCCAACCCGUCAAAUAAAUGUAAUCACAAAAUUAACAGACCUUUU